AUGCCUAAACCGCAGCAGAACCACGGACAGAACAAAAUCCAAAACCUCGAACUGGACCGUCUAGUCCGACACUCCCCCCUGCCUCCUCACCCGUGCCGCACUCCAUCCCCCUCCUCCCCCGUCUCUGGCUUGGAACUGCCCAACGUGCCCCACUACCCCCGCCUGCCCCCUAUCAGCCCCCCUGCUCUCUCCGGCCUCUCCAACCCCGCCUUCCACAUCAAGGACGACUCCGGCUCUGCCGGCCCGCGGCCUGCAGAAAGUUCCAGACUCAGCCCCCACCCUGCCGUCAACGUGGAGGAUGUGGACUCAGACCGCGAGCUGGGAGGAGCAGGAGGAGACGAAGAGGGAGGAGGCAUCCGCCAGCGGCACAUCCCCCAGAUUCUUACCCCCCAGGACCCCAAUCUCAAGACCCUCACCGUUCCUGUCGCCAUCAAGGCUGGGCGCCCAAGCAAAUCUGCAGAUAAAGAAAGGAACAUGUACUCGCAAAGUGAGGAAGAGGAUGAUGAUGAACUAGAGACCGCUGUCCGAGCCUGGCCAAGCCAAUCCAGCAUAGUCAGUGCAGACGACGGACUGCGGGAGCGUCCUGCCUCGUCAGCCAGCCAGGCCAGUGCGGUAGUGAAUGAGCGUCUGCAGGAGCUGGUGAAGAUGUUUAAGGAGCGGACGGAGAGAGCCAAGGAGAAACUCAUCGACCCAGAUGACUCUGAUGAUGACAGCCCCACCCCUUCCCCAGCGCCCGCCGCUCCAGGUCCUCCACCUGCACCUCCAGAGGAGCCGCAGGAGGAGGAGGGCAAAGCGCCCUCUGGUGACCCUGGGCAGGGGGAGCACCCUAGGGCUGGGCUCUGCUGCAAGGUGACCGCUCCUCGAAGGCUACGAUCCCUGCUACAGUACCGCCUCCCUGCUAGCAUCGACCCCUUCACCAACCUGGUGUACGUGCUGUGGCUGUUCUUCGUGACCUUGGCCUGGAACUGGAAUGUCUGGCUGAUCCCGGUGCGCUGUGCGUUCCCAUACCAGACUCCCGGUAACAUCCACAUGUGGCUGACCAUGGACUACCUGUGUGACCUGCUCUACAUCCUGGACAUGCUGCUCUUCAAACCGCGGUUGCAGUUCAUACGCGGCGGGGACAUUGUGUGUGACCAGAAGGACAUGAGAAAGAAUUACAUGAAGACCACGAGAUUCAAGUUGGAUGUGGCCAGUCUUCUUCCCCUAGAGUUGUUCUACUUCAAAAUAGGGAUAAACCCUAUCCUCCGUGUCCCACGGCUACUAAAGAUCAUGACUUUCUUCGAGUUCAACGAGCGUCUGGAGGCCAUCCUGACCAAAGCCUAUAUCUACAGAGUGAUCCGGACAACCAGCUACCUGCUGUUCUGCCUGCACUGUAACGCCUGUCUGUACUACUGGGUGUCUGACUACGAGGGCCUGGCUUCCACUAAGUGGGUUUACAAUGGCGAGGGAAACGGCUAUAUCCGUUGCUACUACUAUGCUGUGAAGACCUUGAUCACCAUCGGAGGUCUUCCGGAUCCAACCACUCUGUCAGAGAUCAUCUUCCAGCUCAUCAACUACUUUGUUGGAGUGUUUGCCUUCUCCAUCAUGAUUGGACAGAUGCGUGACGUGGUUGGUGCCGCGACGGCGGGAAAGACGCACUACCGUGCCUGCAUGGACAACACCGUGAAAUAUAUGGCCUCAUACCGGAUCCCCAGAGAGGUGCAGAACCGUGUGAAGACAUGGUAUAACUACACCUGGCAGUCCCAAGGCAUGCUGGAUGAACAGGAGCUUCUGUCACAGCUGCCAGAUAAGAUGCGUCUAGACAUUGCGGUGGACGUCAACUACUCCAUCGUUAGUAAGGUGGCUCUCUUCCAGGGUUGUGACAGACAGAUGAUCUUUGACAUGCUGAAAAGACUUCGAUCUGUUGUCUACCUGCCUGGGGAUUACGUCUGCAAAAAGGGGGAGGUGGGCCGAGAGAUGUACAUCAUUAAAGCAGGAGAGGUGCAGGUGGUGGGAGGGCCAGAUGGGAGGACUGUGUUCGUCACACUCAGGGCGGGGUCCGUGUUCGGAGAGAUCAGUUUGCUGGCGAUUGGGGGUGGAAACAGGCGAACAGCCAAUGUGAUUGCUCACGGCUUUGCUAACCUUUUCAUCCUGGACAAGAAGGACCUAAACGAUAUUCUAGUUCACUACCCAGAAUCCCAAAAGCUUCUCAGGAGGAAGGCCCGAAAAAUGCUGACCAAGGACAAAAAGCCAGCCGAGGCGAAGCCAGAAGCUAAAGCCUCCCUCCCCCCGCCCCGGGCAGAGACCCCCAAACUGCUGAAAGCUGCUCUGGAGAUGGCAGGGAAGUCUGGCUUCAGAGGAACCCUGGCCAAGAUGAAGGAAAGGGCCAACAAGUCCAUCUCACCGCAGCCCUCCAUCUCCUCCUCCCUGCCCACCCCCUCUCCCAUCUCCACCCUCGCCCCUGAGCCUGAUCGCCCCCCUGCAACCCCCUCCCUGAACUCCGACAGCUCCAUGAGGCUUGGCACCCAGGGAGAUGACACUUUAUCCUCGGACAAGGACCCAGAAGACACACAGCAUGAAGAAGAGAGGAAUGAGGCAGCGAAAGGAGGGAAGAAGAGAGAAAAGAAGAAGAUAUGAGUAAAAUAUUUUUAGGGGUUGGUGGUUCCCGCCCACUCUCUCAAAUUCUAUGACAUUAUUACAUCUGUGCAGUGAGAUAGAAAGCUGGAGCACUAGAUGAGUUUUAAAUCCACAGCUGAAACAACAUCUAAUACUUCCUGCAUAUUUUUGUUUUGUUGCAUCUGCUUGGUUGGUCUUGUGGGCUUUACAGGAAGUAACGAGAUGACAUCAUGACGACAUUUGGCAACGAAAUAAUACAAAUUAUCCAAAGACUGACACUUCCACUAAAACCUUUCCUUAAAUACCUGCAAAAUCCUCCUUUAUUGUAUUCCUCUCCACAUUUCUGUUAUGAAAAUUACCAGGAGAUGAGGGAAAAAAGCUGUUCCUCCUCAUCACUACUGAUGUCUUUGCUGCAACACUCACUCUAUUUAUGUUUACAAUUUAGCAAUAAUUUCAAUUGUAUUUCGUUCGGAUAAGAUCACACAGGAUCGAGGUGUUGGUGUCUGUAUGUGUGUACGUAUAUCUGUGUUAGUUAUCAGGUCUGCUGCGGUUCUGUCUGCAAUCAACUGCCUUCUCCUAAACCCUGAACCAUGGAGCUUUCUUUCGUUUACUAGCGAGAGGAUCAAGCCAUCAUUCCUUAGACGGGCAUUUUGGAGAAUAUGAUUACAAAAAAAGUCCGGUUUUUAUUUCCUCAGUAUGAGGAAUGGUUUUUCUGAUGUGCAGAAUAGAUGUUUACAGUAAUUUUGUAAAGAUGUAAAAAAAUUGCCUUAUUUUUUCAUGAAUCUUGUGUUGUCGAUAUCUUUAUAGGUACGUCUUGGAUUUUUUAAUUUAAGAGCUUUUUUGAAUAGAUUAUUUGUUAUGGAAAUAUUUUGGAAAUGUAUCUAAUUGUAUGCAGACAGGGGAUUGUCCUGCUUAAAAACCACUAGAAUCUGAAUAAUCUGUUCAUGACUAUGUAAAAAUACAUGUAGAGCUGGCAGCUUCCCAACAAACCAAAUAUUGAAUCUUCAAUAUUGGACCUUUAGUUGUCCAUUUACCUGCAUACUUAUUGACCAUAAGAAAUCCCUCUUUGUUGUUGAUUUAUGAAAAAGUAUAUGAAAAUAGGAUAUGUUACUGAGGAUUUUAAUGAGUCUAUAUAUCACUAUAUUUGUAAGUACUGUUUGAUAGUAAUUAUGUAUUUGACAAUAAUUUAUUAGGAACCAACAGGCCUAUGACUUUUAUAGUUGUUGUACAGAUAUAUAGGCCUACUGUAUAUUCUCAGAAAUAAUAGGAUAUAAUAAUCAGCCACGGAAACUGCCAGAUAGUAGAUUCAAGCAAAACGUUGUUGUUGUAGGGGAGGAAUGCUAAUUUGGAGUGUGUAUUAAGUGACAUAAAACGUUAAGACUUUUAAUAAGAUGCCCUUGCUUUUUACAAUUUACUCAUCUGCAAAAAUGUAAGUCACUAAAUAAAUGUUUUGUCUGUGUGUGGAAUCUAUAAAUUGUUAUGUAUCGUUAUAUGUAAUCUCUGUUUCGAGAGUAUUGACUGAAGAAUUUGAACACUUUCAGUACUUAAAUGAACUAUCAUGGAACUACAUAUCAAUACUAUACCUAGGCUACAGUAUGGUAACAUUGUUACAUAGAAACUGCAAUGUAGAUACACUUCAUUACCCUCCAACUGUGCCAACAACACUUCAAGUAACAGCCUAGCCCGACGCUACUACAAACAUUUAAAAUUUUGUUGGGUAUUAUUGCUAUAUAGUUACGAGAUAAUUAAUGUAGCCUUUAUCCAAAGUGUUAUCUUUGAUUGCUAUCAAAUGACCAUUGAGUGUUCUAUCAUUAUAAAAUAGAUAUAUAAUAUGAUCAAUUUAGCAAGCAGAGUUUCUGAAACCUAUUCCGUAAAGCUGUGA